AAAUAAGGCUAAAAAGAGUUUUGGUUUCGGUUAUCAAACUCGGUGCCUCUAGAAAAGCAUCCCUGAGCAGCGGUAACGCUCCUGGAGCGGGGCGGUUGCUGGGGCUGCUCGAGCGCGGCGCGGGGCGGGGCGGGGCGCGCUGCCAUGCGGGCAGAUCCCUCCCUGGCUCGCGCAGAUCCUGCUGACCUGCCGCUACCUGCGAAGCGCACCUCGCGCGGCGGGCUGCCGGGCAUCUGCCCCGGCCUGCUGCGGGCCGUGCGACGCCGGUGACGGACGGGCGGCCCGGUGCGACGGCUCCGUACCCGCAGAGCUUCCCGACAGCGACAACGGCGCAGACACCCGCGGGGCCACCCGUCGCUCCCGCCCGGCCGCGUCCUUCCGCGCAGCCGCGGGGCGGCGCUUCCCCGCACUUCCGUCGGGCGGCGCGGGGUCGCCGCCAUGCCGAUGAAGGGCCGCUUCCCCGUGCGGCGGACGCUGCAGUACCUCAGCCAAGGCGACGUCAUUUUCAAGAGCUCCGUGAAGGUUAUGACCGUGAACUACAACACGGCGGGGGAGCCGAGCGAGGGGGCGAGAAAGUUUGUGUUUUUCAACAUCCCCCAGAUCCAGUACAAAAACCCCUGGGUGCAGAUCAUGCUCUUCCGGAACAUGACGCCUUCGCCCUUCCUCCGUUUCUACCUCGAUAGCGGAGAGCAGGUUUUGGUUGAUGUGGAAGAUAAAACCAACAAGGAGAUAACUGAGCACAUUAAAAAGAUUCUGGGCAAAAGCAAAGAAACACUUGAAAAAGAGGAAAGAGAGAGAGAGAAACUGUCACAUCCUGCAACUUUUGGGCCCAAGAAGUAUCAUCUGCGAGAGUGCAUGUGUGAAAUUGAAGGCCAGGUUCCUUGCCCUGCCUUUGUGCCACUGCCCAAAGAGAUGAGAGGAAAAUAUAAAGCUCCACUGAAAAAUGAAUCAUCUGCAUGACAUCUCAGGUCAAACAGCUGUGUUUCCUCAGGACUGGAUGAUCACAGUGGUUCUUCAAAGACGAGCGUUAACACAUCCUGGAAAUGGGAGCAAGUUCAUGUGCUACUGACAUCCCUGUCUCAUUACAGCCACAACUAGAAUAUCUAUUGUGAAAAAUAUUAUCAAAUAAAUAUAAGUUUAA